AUGAAGAAUACAUUAGUGAUAGGAGAAGGAUUUAUGGAAUGCCUAAAGAGGCAGAUAGAAGAAAAGGAAGAGGAGGAGGGUGGGAGAGGAAGAGAGAAACAGGAAGAGAGAGAAACAAGGAGAGGGAGAGAGAGAGAGAAACAGGAAGAGAGAAAGAAGAGAAGAGAGAGAAAGAGAGAGAAAAACAGGGAGGAUGAGAGAGAAACAAGUAAAGGGAGGGAAAGAGAGAUAGAGAAAGAUGGAGAGGGAGGGAGAGGGAAAGAGAGGGGAAAAAAGAGAGAAACGGAAGAGAGAGAAAAACAAGGAGAGGGAGGGAGAAAGAAACAGGAAGAGAUAGAGAGAAACAAGGAGAGGGAGGGAGAGAGAAUCAGGAAGGAAGAGUUAAAGAGAAACAAGGAGAGGGAGGGAGAGAGAGGAGGGAGAGAGAAACAGGAAGAGAUAGAGAGAAACAAGGAGAGGGAGGGAGAGAGAAACAGGAAGGAAGAGAUAAAGAGAAACAAGAAGAGGGAGAGAGAGAGAAACAGGAAGGAAGAGAUAAAGAGAAACAAGGAGAGGGAGGGAGAGAGAAACAGGAAGGAAGAGAUAAAGAGAAACAAGGAGAGGGAGGGAGAGAGAAACAGGAAGGAAGAGAUAAAGAGAAACAAGGAGAGGGAGGGAGAGAGGGAAACAGGAAGAGAUAGAGAGAAACAAGGAGAGGGAGGUAGAGAGAAACAGGAAGAGAUAGAGAGAAACAAGGAGAGGGAGGGAGAGAGAAACAGGAAGGAAGAGAUAAAGAGAAACAAGGAGAGGGAGGGAGAGAGAAACAGGAAGGAAGAGAUCAAGAGAAACAAGGAGAGGGAGGGAGAGAGAAACAGGAAGAGAGAGAAAAACAAGGAGAGGGAGGGAGAGAGAAACAGGAAGGAUGAGAUAAAGAGAAACAAGGAGAGGGAGGGAGAGAGAAACAGAAAUAAAGAGAAACAAGGAGAGGGAGGGAGAGAGAAACAGGAAGAGAUAGAGAGAAACAAGGAGAGGGAGGGAGAGAGAAACAGGAAGGAAGAGAUAAAGAGAAACAAGAAGAGGGAGAGAGAGAGAAACAGGAAGGAAGAGAUAAAGAGAAACAAGGAGAGGGAGGGAGAGAGAAACAGGAAGGAAGAGAUAAAGAGAAACAAGGAGAGGGAGGGAGAGAGAAACAGGAAGGAAGAGAUAAAGAGAAACAAGGAGAGGGAGGGAGAGAGGGAAACAGGAAGAGAUAGAGAGAAACAAGGAGAGGGAGGUAGAGAGAAACAGGAAGAGAUAGAGAGAAACAAGGAGAGGGAGGGAGAGAGAAACAGGAAGGAAGAGAUAAAGAGAAACAAGGAGAGGGAGGGAGAGAGAAACAGGAAGGAAGAGAUCAAGAGAAACAAGGAGAGGGAGGGAGAGAGAAACAGGAAGGAAGAGAUAAAGAGAAACAAGGAGAGGGAGGGAGAGAGAAACAGGAAGAGAUAG